CCCGCCAGCAAACAAAGCCUUAAUGCUUGAAGCAGGCCGCGAUUGCGACGGAGCUCCUCUUACGACGAUGCAGGCGGCAGAAAACGACCAGUACGACGCCGAGAAUCCUACGAAUCCCGAGGGCGGAUCCCAGCAGCCACUCUCCAAGAAUGCCCAGAAGAAGCUGCUGAAACAACAGAGGUACGAAGCGAAGAAGGCGGAGAAGAAAGCCCUAAUAAAGGAGCUGAAGAAGAGAGAGGCAGAGAGGAAGCGGAAGGAGUGGGAGGAAAGUCUCGAAAGUGUCACUGAAGAGGAGAGACUGAAGCUGAUUGAGUCGCGAAAGAGUCUUAGGAAAGAGAGAAUGGAAAAGAGGUCGGAGGAGAAAGAGAUGAAGAAGGAAAGGCUAACGAAGGCCAAAGAGUGCGGGCAAAAUGUCGUCAUUGAUCUUGAGUUCUCACAUCUCAUGACUCCUACUGAAAUCAACAGCCUUGUUCAGCAGAUUAUGUAUUGUUAUGCAGUGAAUGCAAGAUGUACUUCUCCUGCUCAUCUCUGGCUGACGGGGUGCAAUGGGGAAAUGGAGAAACAACUUAGAAGGCUUCCGGGGUUUGAUAAAUGGAUUAUUGAGACAGAAAGUAAAUCCUAUAUUGAAGGUUUACAAGAACACAAGGAAAAUUUGGUGUAUCUCACAGCAGAUUCAGAAAAUGUUCUUGAAGAACUUGAUUUAAAGAAAUUUUAUAUUAUUGGUGGUUUGGUGGAUCGGAAUAGGUGGAAAGGCAUAACUAUGAAGAAAGCCGAAGAGCAAGAAAUCCAGACAGCUAAACUCCCAAUUGGAAACUACUUGAAGAUGUCUAGUUCUCAGGUUCUCACGGUAAAUCAAGUUUUAGAAAUACUACUCAAGUUCUUGGAGACAAAGGAUUGGAAAACUUCUUUCUUCCAAGUUAUCCCGCAAAGGAAAAGAUGUCUAGGCGAUUUAGAAGACGAUGGAGAAGAUAAGGUGGAGGAGGAAAAUGAAUCAAAAAAUGAUCAAUUGGCAAGUAAAAGGGAAAAUAUUGAAGUCCUCUGAAA